CGCGGUACACAACUGUUAGCCCGGCCACGCGCGCGAUGUGCUUCGGCAAAGCGGGUGCGCGGGGCUGGGAGAGAGGAAUCCAGGAGUCGCUGGUUAACUACCCCUUUGGUACAUGUCAACCCAGGAAGCUCUUUCCUCACUAUCACCCCCCAAACUUGUUGGGGCACAAGUUUCUCCCUCUUCGAGGAGCGCCCCACAGAGGGCCUGGAUGUUACAUAGCAGAAGAUGUAUAUGGAUUGGCGCACAACCUCUCUAAGAUCCCGACCAGUAGAAAAGGAUACACUUUUGGUGCCAGAACAGCUGAGAGGUUUAAGGCAAUCAACAAGGACAUGAUGCUUUACCCAGGCAUGUACCAGGCUGCAAAUCCUCAGGAGCAAAUACACAAACAAAAUUUUGCUCCAUUUAAUGCCUUGUUGCCUCGAUUUAGGACAUACUCAAAGGACACUUAUUAUCCUGGCCCUGGUACAUACAACCCAGAGAUGAAGCCACCCCCCAAAAUCACCUGGCCAAUGAAAUUUGGAUCUCCAGACUGGGCUCAGGUUCCAUGUCUACAGAAGAGAACCCUAAAAGCUGAGCUGCCCACCGACAAGGACUUCAGAAAGCACCGGAACCGUGUGGCCUACCUAAGCCUGUUUUACAAUUGAAGAGCUGGGACUACCUUCACAGGCUCCUCCUGACCACGGAUCCAGGACUGAGGACAGAGCUGCUCUUCCCCCUGCAUUGCUGUGCUCUCUUGUCUGCCAGCAAAGGGCCCAGGGAGGGAAGGGGCUCAUAACUACUGUGUGAGAACAGAAAGACUACUUCAGAGUG